CAUGGACACCAACGAUGCUUUGAUUUCCCUGAUUGUCAUGGCAGGCAUCAUCCUUCUGGUGGGCGCCUGCAGACAGCUGGCUUACCGGGAGCUACGACGGACCACCAACUGGUUCAAUUUCGCCCAGGAGUUGACCGCCACCUUCCAGAUCUGCGCCUGCACCCACGAACUUUGCCUGCUGGGCAGCUGGCUUCCCCGCCCUCAGGUCGCCCUUUGGCUCACUUACAUUUUCACCGUCCUCCACGGCUGGACGUUAGCGGGCAGCGUGGGCAACCCGGCCAGCAGCAUCCAGCACUUGUACAAAGGGCAGCUGAGGUUCCACGCGUGGUGCUUGCAGACGUUGGCGCAGUUCGCGGCGGCCAUCUUGGCUCACCUGUGCAUGAAAUUAAUCUGGAUGUUGGGUUUCACCUCCGGCCAUUCGAGGGCCCUGCCCGACCUUUGCAGCGACCCCAUUCAAACCACCAUCAGCAACGCCUUCGGCCUGGAGUUCCUCUUCUCUUUCCUGCUACACCUGACUUUACUCCAGUUUCAGGCCAUCAGCCCCACAAUGAAAAUCCACCUGGUCGCUUUGCUAAUCACCUCUUUCGUCUACGCAGGAGGACAUCUCACUGGUGCAGUUUUUAAUCCAGCUCUGGCUUUUUCUCUGCACGGAAGCUGCUUCAUAGACCAGUUUUGGAAUUACCUGGUGGUGUAUUGCAUUGCGCCAUGUGCAGGAUCUAUGUUCGUCUCUGUUAUCUGGGAUGAAGUUCUUCCUGGCUUGUACAGAGAUAUUUAAGGCUGAGAAGGGAGACGUUUUCAGCAUCGCAUUACGAAAACGGAUGCAAUGUUCUCUCAUUUUCCCGAAGCCCGACGUUGAAGUAUUCUUAACAUCUUUCGGAGGUUGAUUUUGAGCAUGUAGUUUUAACGUCUAGUAACUUACCGUGCUUUACAAAUGUCCUACGCUGAGGGACCCGGGAAAACUCACCACGAUGUUUUCAGACCCUUGAAAACUUGAAAAGCCGAACGCCUGCGCCUUUUACAAGGGAUGUUAUCUUCGUUUUAUGCGCAGUUCAUCUUUUUCAGAAGUUAGCGUUUUAAGGGAAAACAAUUCAGUUUAAAAAUGUACCCCAAAAGGUGUCAUCGAAAAAAAAAUUUCUUUUUUGUUAAAAAAAAAAAUGUAGCCGGGGAAUAGGAUGGCAGCUAAAAUGGUCAUAAUUCAAGACCGUGAGGAACAUUUUGCUCGGUGUUUAGAACAUUGUUUUCCAACCUCAAUCGUUUUGGAUGCGUGGCCUUCAACUCCCAGAAUUCUCCAACCAACCCUGGAUUCUGGGAAUUGGAAGUCCACCUAUCCUAAAGCUGCUAUGUUUGAAAAACACUGGGCUUGAAAAUGAUUUAGUAAGCUACAUCCUAAAUGUGUCUUAUUCUGGGAUUCUUUUGUGGGUUAUCCAAAUCAUUUAAAUUUCUGCCUCCUAAGCAGUGACAGAAAAUAAGGUGGUUCAUCUAAGGUGAGGCAGCCUCAAAUCCCCCUGGAAAUAUUUCUCCAAUUAUUCAAUACUAUUUUUUUAAAAAAAGUAUGAGCAACAUUUGUAUAAGCAAUAGUUGAUAAAGCACAGUUUCAUGCAUAUAUCUUAUGCAUAUGAAAAACACAAAACCCAGAAGCUGUAUCAUUAAGUAAGGGCUGAAAUAUAUAUAUAUAUAUAUAUAUUGAGUAUCUCUACUGCUAAAAGGGCAAACGUCCCAAAAAUGAGAAAUAAGAUCUGGUUGUGACAAUCGUAUGUUUUCACAAAUGCUUCAAGAUUUCAGGUAUCAGUAAAAAGAGUUUGCUCUAAUCAUUUGCACAGUCUGGAACUCAGUAGUUCAUGAAAUAAUAAAAGACUGUGCCAUAAUUUUUCUGGAAGCAUCUGUUCUGCAGUGAUUGUAUUCCUUCCAGAAUUUCAAUUUUGUUCUGUUAAUAUGAAACAGUUUCUAUUUUGUUCUGUUAAUUAAUUCUGUUAGGUUUCCCCCUUCCCCAAUCUAACAAGGGUGCUAAUAAUUUAGAAAGAAAGGGUUCAUUUCAGGAAAACUUGAAAUUUCUGACCCAUUUCAAGUCGGAAGCACUUUGAAGGCGUUUGGGUAUUGUGGAUUAAUGCCUAAUGUGAAUGAGAGUUGAUAGGAUGUUGCCUGAAAAUAACCAGUUUUUAAAAAAAGAACGUGUCUUUAAUAUUUUUGGUGGAUGGAAAAUUUCUGGCAGAGGUUAAUUUUUUGCAUGGUUUAUAUUUAAAAAACAUUGAAAGCGAUCACAAAUUGCCAUCAGCUGUCCUUGAAUUCCAGCUAAAGGAUUUCUGCUAAUGUAAACUUCUCCUUUGCAAUGGCAAAAUUUGCGCUGUAAUAGUUUAUAUUACAUGCAUUGGAUAUGUUGUAAUUGUUGAUCUCGCAGAACUUCUGCAGGAACAAGGCAUCGAAAUACCCCUGUAGCAAAGCAGGAGGAAUAUUGAGUUCUAAUCUUUGCACUAAUUGGAUUAGAAGAGUCGUCUUCCAUUUCACUUGCCCUGUGAAACUUGAAAGCAGCGUGUCCCUUCCUGAAAAAUGAGCCAAGCCUGCACAAAAUACCCACAACUUACACCGGGGGUUAAUAUUGUCUUAAAAAGAGUAGAAAAUGGAUUAUUUUCUUAAUAAAGAAUG